AUGGAAUCAAAGCAGCCGGCCAUUUGGGCUGUCAUAUUCGUAACUCUCAUCCCGGCGACCAUCUGCAUCUCAUGGCGCCUGCUCGCCCGGAGAUUGACUCGUGUCGAGCUGUGGUGGGAUGACUGGGCAGCGAUCGCAUGUUAUCUCAUGGGAGUUGCCUGGGUCGCCAUAACUAUAAUAUGGCUCAACGAGGGUCUGGGCCUGCACAUCCACGACGUCAAGGACAUGACUGUCGAGCGCGCCUUGUAUCGAUCAAAACAGCUCUUGUAUAUCAUCGAACUGUUCUACGCAUUCGCCCUCUUCUUCGGCAAGGUCUCCAUCCUGUUCUUCUACUGGAGGAUGUUCAGAGUCACGAACAUCAAGCUCGCCAUCCAGAUCCUCAUGGGCUGUUCUUGUGCGUGGAUUAUAAUUCGGACGAUCAUGGGCAUCUGGCAUUGCGAGCCCAUUUCCUACUUCUGGGACUCGUCUAUCGAGGGAGGAUAUUGCACGAUCGAUGACUCGAAGUUCUUCUUCGGAUCCGUCCUGGCGCACGUCAUCCUCGAUGUCAUUAUACUAUCCCUACCCGUGGUUCAGAUCCGUAAGCUGCGUCUGCCUAAACUUCAGAAGCUAGGCGUCAUGGUCAUGUUCAUGUUCGGCAUCUUCAUCUGCAUCGCGGGGGUGGUUGUUAUUUUCGUCUCGACCAGAUUCGACCCGACUUCCACGGAUUUCACAUGGAACGUCAGCUCUAUCAUCUUGUGGGCUACGGUAGAAGUUAAUCUUGUAACUGUCUCCACCUGUCUCCCAACCAUCAAGCCCGCCUUCUUCUACUGCUUCCCCUGCAUCAACCCCAACAACUCGAGCCUGCGCUCCGGAUCGAAUAGUUACGGUUUCGCCAAGCAAUCCAUCAGACUGGCGACGCUGCGCAAAGACGAAGACAUGGACGAGUCCAGCUCCACGCACCAGCUCGCAGAUACAACACCUGAAAUCAGUUCAGCUGGCGGCUUUGAUAGACGUACUUCUGAUGCGCACCGGGGCGUACGCACCUUCAUCACGGGUCGCGGCAACAGGGCCAAUGGGUCCGGCAGGAGCGAAGUCGGCGAUGAGGAAAUGGGCGGUGGGAUUGUCGUCAAGAACGAGACGGUCGUGGAGGUUUCGCACAGUAGGGCGGCGAAAUUACCGCCGUACUCGUCCCGGGAUAGUGAUUCUUCCUGA